AAGAUUGUGGAGCCCGGAAACUGUGAAGAAACUCCCGUGGCCACACCUUCCGUCUGCCACAUGAUAAUUGUGAAUGCCAGUACCCAUGCGAGCUAAAAUAUAACUCCUCCUUGUUUCUAGCUGAGAAAUGAGUUGGAGGAGGAAGGAGAGGGAGAAGCUAGGCUAGUCUCCGGAGAUGGCAUCCCCCUCAAAUUCUGCUAACUCACCGAGCAACAACGCCGGCUCGCCGCCCUCAUCGGACUCAGCCAAUGAACAAGGUGGAGAUGGAUAUCCUUCUAGCCAGGUCAAUGGAGCAGUUGGCCUAUAUGGUACUACAGGCUCGCUACCACUUAAGGACCGGGUGGCCAUCAUAACAGGAGGUUCCGGCGGCAUCGGAAGUGCGAUCACCACCCACCUAACCUCCCUUGGUGCCAAGGUAGUCAUCGGCUAUGUCGGUGACCCUGUGCCGGCCGAUAGCCUUGCUUCCUCCCUCAACAACUCCACCACUGCCGAUUCCGGCCCACAGGCCAUUGCAGUCGAAGCGGAUAUAUCGAAAGAGGAGCAGGUGAAAUACCUCUUUGACAAGGCCCAGUCCACUUUUGGCCCAAAAAUCCAUAUCCUUGUGGCGGCUGCUGGUGUCCAAGACCCCAAGUACCCACCACUUGCCGAGACGACAUUAGAGCAAUGGGAGUGGGUGUACAACGUCAACGCCAAGGGGACGUUCCUUUGCUGCCGAGAGGCAGCAAACCGGCUUGUUCGAGGUGGCGGAGGUAGAAUUAUAACAAUGUCGUCAUCGACGGUGGGCUCGUUGAGGCCUGGGUAUAGUACAUACUCAUCGACCAAGGGUGCGAUAGAGGUGAUGACGAAAAUCCUAGCGAAGGAGCUGAGGGGAACUGGGAUCACGGCGAAUGCGGUGGCGCCGGGGCCAAUCGCGACACCAUUGUUCUACGCCGGGAAAUCGGAGGAGCGGAUAAGGGCGGUGGCAGCUGAGAGCCCAAUGGGCCGGCUGGGUAGGCCUGAAGAUGUGGCCCCUAUGGUGGGCUUCUUGGCCAGUGAUGCCGGGGAGUGGGUCAAUGGCCAGAUCAUCCGGCUGAAUGGUGGAUAUGUUUGAUUGCAAUCACUCCCUUUUUGUGUUUCCUGCAAAUAUGAGAAUUGGUUGAUUAUAGUGUUGCCAAGUGUGCAGUCAAUGAAUCAGCAAGGUUUAGGCGUGAGGUACUCUGUUAUUCUUUUUUUCUUACACCUAACUCAGCACUACACUCUUGGCUAUGAUAAACUCUGUUAUUCUC